UAACCAAACUAUGAGAAACUAUUUGAGCUUGACGACAGCCACCACAUCACAGACAGUGACCUACCCUGUGAGGAUGUCUGCCAACUGCUGCUGCCUUCAUUUCCAAAGACCUACAACACAGGACAGACCUACAGAACAAAGACCUGGAAUACAGAUCAUCAAAGUCAUGCAGUCUCCUCUGAAGUUCAUGGCCGGUGCAUCAUCUAAGGUGAUGCAGACUCACCUGAAGUUCAUGAUGAAGUCUCACCUGAAGUUCAUGGCCUGUGCAUCAUCUAAGCUGAUGCAGUCUCACCUGAAGUUCAUGAUGAAGUCCCACCUGAAGUUCAUGGCCUGUGCAUCACCUAAGCUGAUGCAGUCUCACCUGAAGUUCAUGGCUGGUGCAUCCUCUAAGGUGAUGCAGACUCACCUGAAGUACAUGUUGAAGUCUCACCUGAAGUUCAUGACCGGUGCAUCCCCUAAGGUGAUGCAGACUCACCUGAAGUACAUGUUGAAGUCUCACCUGAAGUUCAUGGCCUGUGCAUAAUCUAAGGUGAGGCAGUCUCGCCUGAAGUUCAUGGCUGGCACAUCAUCUAAGGUGAGGCAGUCUCGCCUGAAGUACAUGAUGAAGUCUCACCUGAAGUUCAUGAUGUAGUCUCACCUGAAGUACAUGAUGAAGUCUCACCUGAAGUUCAUGAUGUAGUCUCACCUGAAGUCCAUGGCCGGUGCAUCAUCUAAGGAGAUGCAGACUCAUCCGAAGUACAUGAUGCAGACUGACCUGAAGUACAUGAUGCAGACUCACCUGAAGUACAUGAUGUAGUCUCACCUUGA